AUGUUUGGUGGUAUCUCCAUCUUGGUCAUUAUCGACUACAGGUCAAGAUACCUUAUUGCUCGACCCGUGAGGUCUACGAACUUUGAAUGUUCUCGGAAAAUUCUUGAGGAAGUGUUCGAGAAAGAGGGAUACCCAAAAAGCAUUAAAUCCGACAACGGACCACCGUUCAACGGCACGGAGUAUAAGGAAUAUUGUGCAGAACGAGGAAUAGCAACAAUAUUCUCUACACCGCUAUUUCCACAACAAAAUGGAAUGGUGGAAAGUGCUAUGAAAGUAGUGAACAAAGCAAUGAUUGCAGCCUCAUCCAAUAAAACAAAUUAUAUUGACGAGCUAUGUGAAGCAGUACAUGCGUAUAAUGCAGGAGCUCACAGCAUAACUAAGCUUCCACCCGAGGAAAUUAUGCUGGGGAGGAAAAUUAAACGAGGAUUACCUUUGCUUGACCACCGACGAGCAAUAAUUGACGAUGAACUCCUUAAUAACCGAGAUCGCAAGGCGAAGCUGGACGGAAAGCUGAGGGAAGACUCUCGCCGAGGAGCUCGAAAGUGUCGUGUGAAGCCAGGAGACACCGUAAUUAUCCAGCGGCAGGUUCGAAGCAAAGGGCAAUCCAGAUUUUCAUCCAAAAGAUAUGAAGUCACGGAUGAAAAUAACGGAAGCUUAGUUCUGAAAGAUUCAGAUGGUCAAACCAUAAAACGGCACGUCUCACAAACGAGAAAAAUAUUGCACGGCUUGGAACCCGACACACCUAGAGCAAUCGAGGGUGAAAUACCGAAGAUAGUAGAGGAAUCCUGUUUGAAUCGCCGGGGAGAACGUACAAGAAACGCGCCGGAAUAUUUAAAGCAAUGCGUCCGGUCUAUUGAUAAAAACACUACGUCCUAA